UCUCAAGCGCGUGCAUUUUCACCGCCAAUUUCCGGUGUCGUCAUUUAUUCGUCGGGGGAAAAGAAAAAGUUUGUGCGAGUGAUAACAGUGUAACUUCUCUCUCUGACAACUGCCGUGGUGUUUCAUUACUAAACAGUCUGUGGAAGAUCUGCCACAAGCAGGAGACCACCCGGACCAACGUUUGACGAGACCUGAUUUUUCUUUUUCUUUUUUCUAGAUCAAACACAAACUAAAUUCCCACAAUUCUUACGUCAUAAAACGCUGCCUCGAUGCCCGCGGCCAGGAAAACGAGAAAGCCAGAUAUUAAAGUUGUCAUUCUGGGAGACAUGAACGUCGGAAAGACGUCUCUUCUCCACAGAUACACGGAGAAGAGCUUUAAAGACACUUUAAGCACAGUCGGAGGAGCUUUCUUCCUGAAGCAGUGGGGACCUUACAACAUCUCCAUCUGGGACACUGCAGGUCGGGAGCAGUUUCAUGGUCUGGGCUCCAUGUACUGCCGUGGUGCAGCGGCCAUCAUCCUGACAUAUGACGUGACCAGUUGGCAGAGCCUGGUGCAGCUUGAGGAACGGUUCCUGUCACUCACCGACUCGGCCAACAGAGACUGUGUUUUCGCUGUCGUAGGCAAUAAGGCUGACUUGACCGACCCAUGGUCCCAGGUUCCGAACACAGAGGACACCCCAGCAGGCCCCACACCCCCAGAGACGCCCACUGUCUACAAGCAGGUGGCACGGGAGGAUGCUAUGGCUCUCUACAACCGGAUAAUUCGCUACAAAGCCUUUGAAACACACACAUUUCCACGUGCUGAGGAUAUGUGUUUCGAGACAAGCGCAAAGACUGGCUAUAACGUCGAUGCACUGUUUGAGACACUAUUUGACCUGCUGCUACCAUCCAUCAUGAGGAAACAGGCACAAGCAACGACAGAAUCGGCUACUGUUUGUUUGGAGGACUGUCAGAAUGAAGGGAAAAUAAAAAGUGAAUGUUGUGUGUGAAGAACAGGGAUGCUGGACACUUUUUUUUCCCCAGUCAUUAAGGUUUCUAUAAAUAAUUAACAGUAGUUAACCAAAGCGACAACUUUUUCAAUAAAUCUCAAAGACAUAUUGCCACUAAGGAGUGACAAAAUGUUUUUAAGGUUUUAACCAUACCCUCAGCUGCUCUGUCAUGAUUUUCAACCGUGGCCAAAAUUGGAGUCAUUGCAUGAAAACCAUGGCAACGUAUUUCAGUCCUGCAUCCGGUGUCAGUGAAAGAGGUUUAUGUUUUUAUUGAAAUGGAUCGCUUUUUCUGACACCUUUGCUAUAGAUAUUUAAGUUUUUGAAAAAAAUGUGAUUGACAUUGUUGCCAUUCCUGGACUUAAAUAAGACUUAAGACUGCUGACCUCUGAUCAGACUGUAAGCGUGACAUGUUUCAUACAGGCUGAUCAUUUAUGGAUCUUUUAUGUUGCUGUCGUUUGUGCUGAAACAAAUCAAAGUUAACAAUAUGCAGUGAUAGUUUUGUUCUUGACUCACUCAACCUCGGACAAUCAUACUCAGCGUGGCACUUAUAGGCUUGUAUAUGUGCAUAACAAACUGUAUACAAAUCUCUUUUCCCCUUUAACAUUCAUGUGCCGAUCAUUGAAUCUCGGUUUUAUGGCAUUUUAUUUAAUGAAUUGUAACUGCACUUUGAAAACAAUUUAUAGGAUUUUACAUAUUUGUAAACGUAUUGUAUUAUAAAGUAAAAUAAAGGCUGGUUAAAUUAUUUUUACUUAA